AGAGAUGGACACGUAGACCGUGAAAUUCUCACGGCCUUCACCUACAGUAGGGCCGUCCAACGAAUAUUAACGGUAGUAAAGAACCCCUCAUUUCUAGCCAAGUACCGUCGAAACACAGAAGUUGGUACCGUUAUGUAUGAGUCUUCAGAAACGCUGCGGAUUGCCGCGCCUUCAAGCCGCCAAAGCUACUACGACAAGCACUGCCUCAACCACCGUCGUUCCCUGGAACAGUCGCCUGAGAGAGCUAGCGAACCAAUGUCACUUCGCCGAAGCUCUUACUCUGUACCGCCAAAUGCUCCGUUCCGGUCAUCCCCCGAACGCCUUCACCUUCCCUUCCGCUCUCAAAUCCUGCGCUGCCCUCUCGCUUCUCGUUACCGGAAAACUACUCCACGGCCACGUGGUCAAAACCGGGUGCGAACCCGAACCCUUUGUGCAGACCUCUUUGAUUUCUAUGUACUGUAGGUGCUCUUUGAUCAAGAAUGCACGUAGAGUGUUUGAAGAUAAUGACUCUUCGAGAAAGCUAACGGUUUGUUACAAUGCUUUGAUAUCUGGGUACACCUCAAAUUCGAAAAUUUCGGAUGCGGUUUUGUUGUUUCGUAGAAUGAGAGAGGCAGGACUGUCGGUUAAUUCAGUGACGAUGUUGGGUUUGAUUCCGGGUUGUAUUGACCCGGUGCAUCUGGGUCUUGGGAUGUGUCUUCACGGUUGUAUUAUUAAGAGUGGUUUGGACAUUGAUUUGUCUGUUGGGAAUUGUUUGCUCACCAUGUACGUCAAAUGCGGGUCAGUUGAUUAUGCUCGGAGUGUGUUUGAUGAAAUGCCAGGAAAGGGUUUGAUUACUUGGAAUGCAAUGAUUUCUGGGUAUGCACAAAAUGGGCUUGCUACCCAUGUCUUGGACCUGUACCGGGAAAUGGAAUUUCUUGGCAUUCGUCCUGACCCUGUGACACUUGUCGGUGUUCUAUCUUCUUGCGCUCACCUUGGUGCCCAUGGUGUUGGCCGUGAGGUGGAGCAGAAGAUUAAGUUUCAUGGGUUUGGUUCCAAUACUUUUUUAAGUAACUGUUUGAUUAACAUGUAUGCUAGAUGUGGUAAUUUAGUAAAAGCUCAUGCUAUCUUCAAUUCCAUGGUUGAGAAAAGUAUAGUUUCUUGGACAGUAAUUAUAGGUGGUUAUGGAAUGCAUGGACAUGGAGAGAUUGCUGUUCAGCUCUUCGAUGAAAUGGUAAGGACUGGAAUUAGACCUGACAAAACAAUAUUUGUGAGUGUUCUUUCUGCCUGUAGCCAUGCAGGACUGACUGAAAAAGGCUUGGAGUAUUUUACUGCAAUGGAGAGAAAGUAUGGGCUGCAACCAGGUCCAGAGCAUUACUCUUGCAUGGUAGACCUUUUGGGUCGGGCUGGUCGACUCAAGGAAGCUGAGGAUAUGAUUGGAUCUAUGCAAGUAAAACCAGAUGGUGCAGUAUGGGGAGCACUCUUAAAUGCCUGUAAAAUUCAUAAAAAUGUAGAUCUAGCAGAGUUGGCUUUCAAACGGGUGAUUGAGCUCGAACCCAGGAAUGUUGGUUACUAUGUAUUGUUAUCAAAUAUAUACACUGAUGGAGAGAACUUGGAGGGCGUAUUAAAUGUUCGUAAGAUGAUGAGAGAGAGGCAGCUUAAAAAGGAGCCGGGGUACAGCUAUGUUGAAUUGAAAGGGAAAGUAAAUAUUUUCUUGGCUGGGGAUAGAACUCAUCAUCAAACAGUUGAAAUAUACAAAAUGCUGUACGAGUUAGAAAGUUUAGUAAAGGAACUUGAUGAGUAUAAGGAGAACAAGAUCCAAGGAAAAAACGAAGAACUACUGAUUAGUGAGGGUGUGCACAGCGAAAGAUUGGCAAUUGCAUUUGGGCUGUUGAAUACUUUGCCAGGUACAGAGAUUAUUGUGAUAAAAAAUCUGAGGGCAUGCAGGGAUUGUCACUUGUUUAUAAAGCUGGUUAGCAAGAUUGUAGACCGGCAGUUUAUUAUAAGAGAUGCAACUCGUUUCCACCAUUUUGAAAAUGGGAUCUGUUCUUGCAAAGACUACUGGUAAGUUAUUUUCAGAAUCCAGUGACUCUGCUCAAACAGCCAGUUCUCAAAAUUUUCUUAGCAUUCUGGCAAAUGGAAGUAAUGCAUUGAAACACAUCACGAUUGGAAAUUCUAAAUACUGCUGCUGACACGUAAAGUUUAAGCUGUUUAGCUGACUAUUAGCCAGCACUGUUCCAAUUUUUUGCUGGGUAGAUGAAUUACUCGAUGCUAAUUUCAGUGUGGUACAAAAUGUUAUUAA